GUGCCCAGGAUGCUCCUGCUCAAAACUACUGCCCAGAGCAAGGCCUCCUGGGAGCCAUGUCUGGGUCGGGGCAGAGAGGAGAGAACGGACCCAGGGCAGGCCCCAGCUUCCUUUUAAAACAAGCAGGCACCUGCUAGCCAGCCUUUAGCAGGAGCAGGCAUCAGGCAGGUCCCUGUCACAGCCAGGCCUGGGAGGAGACUUGGGCAGGGGAGAGGCUCUGAAUGACAAACUUCUAGGGUCCUGUGUGUGCUGGACCAACAGGUGCAGGCAGAGCGGCAGACUGCAGCCUGACACUCCUCCCUGAGGCUCCCAGCGAGGGCCCCAAAGGGAAACCGGGGAGAACAAGGGUGAGGCCUGAUCCCAGUUCUGCUAGCAGCUCAGCAGGAGAGACUGGAACAGAAGGAGCAUGGCAGUGGGGAAAUGCAGCCUGUGCUGGGGUUAAAAAUGACUCCCCAGGCCCUCAGCCCUUCCCUAAACCUGCUACCACCACUCUGUCCCUCCUGUGGCCAGAGCCCCCUCCUCAUCGGCAGCAGGUGCAGCACUGGGGAGACCUCCCUCUAGAUCCCCAUUAGGCUUUAGUUAGAUAAAUCCUAGCCAGGGGCACCUCCCGGCUGUGUGACCCUGGGCAAGGCACUCCCUCUCUCUGGUCCCAUUUAACAGUGUGGGGUGGGUCAGGCCUGUGGGGCCUAUUCCAGCCCCCAAAUCCAACGACUUUAGAGAUGGCUCAGUCCCUUGCUUGCCCCACGCCCCAGUGAUGCAAAGCAGAGAGCACGACUCAGCCAUCCUCCAUCCCCCUAACCACAGCUUCCACAGCCCAGACGCCCCUGUCAUCAGCUCCAUGGCGACCGGCCUGCUCCUCCCGGGCUUCCUCCUGCUGCUGCUGCCCCCGCCCACUCCGGCCCCCUGCUACACAGCUGCACGCUCAGAGUGCAAACGUGUGCGCAGGUUUGUGCCCGGAGCGUGGCUGGCCGGAGAAGGUGUGGAUGUGACCAGCCUCCGGCGCUCGGGCUCCUUCCCGGUGGACACACGCAGGUUCCUGAGGCCCGAUGGCACCUGUACCCUCUGUAAAAACCUCCUACAGCAGGGUGCCCUGCAGUACCUGCCCCUGGCAUUCACCCACUGGCGUGCCCAAGGCUCCGGCUGCCAGCGCCACGUGGCGAGGGCCAAAGUUAGCUCCACGGAGGAGGUGGCCCGGGACGCGGCUAACAGCAUCAAAAACGACUGGCGAGUGGGACUGGACGUGAAUCCCAAGCCCAGCAGCAAUGUCCAGAUGUCCGUGGCCGGCUCACACUCCCAGGAGGCCAACUUCGCAGCUCAGAAGACUCACCAGGACCAGUACAGCUUCAACACGGACUCAGUGGAGUGUCGCUUGUACAGUUUUCACCUGGUGCACAAGCCCCCGCUGCACCCUGACUUCAGCAGGGCCCUCAGGGACCUGCCCCCCGAUUUCAACACCUCCACGGAGCCCUACUACCACAGGCUCAUCACCAACUAUGGCACCCACUUCAUCCGGGCCGUGGAGCUGGGCGGCCGCAUCUCAGCCCUCACCGCCCUGCGCACCUGCCAGCUGGUCCUGGAUGGGUUCACAACCGAUGAGGUGGGGGACUGCCUGACGGUGGAGGCCCAGGUCAGCAUCGGCGGGCAGGCCAGCACCUCCUCUGAGUAUAAGGCCUGCCAGGACAAGAAGCAGAAGCACAAGAUGACCACCUCCUUCCACCAGACCUUCCAUGAACGCCACUCCCAAGUGGUUGGCGGCCACCACACCUCCAUGCACGACCUGCUGUUUGGGCGCCAGGCCGGGCCUGAGCAGUUCUCCGCCUGGGUGGCCUCACUCUCCGCUAGCCCUGGCCUGGUGGACUACAGCCUGGAGCCCCUGCACCUGCUCCUGGAGAGCCAGGACCCGCGGCGGGAGGCUCUGAGGCAGGCAGUGAGCAAGUACCUGAUGGGCAGGGCACGCUGGAGGGACUGCAGCCGGCCCUGCCCCCCAGGGCAGCAGAAGAAUCCCCACAACCCAUGCGAGUGCCAGUGCUCCAGCUCAGAGGUCACCAGUCAGGACUGCUGUCCACGGAAGCGGGGCCUGGCCCGGCUGGAGGUCAUGAACUUCCAGGCCACAGGCCUGUGGGGGGAUUGGAUCACGGCCACGGAUGCCUAUGUGAAGGUCUUCUUCGGUGACCAGCAGAUGAGGACGGACACCGUGUGGAACAACAACAAUCCCAGGUGGACGACACGCCUGGACUUCGGGGACGUGACCCUGGCCGGACAGGGACCCCUCAGGGUGCAGGUCUGGGAUGCGGACUAUGGCUGGGAUGACGACCUCCUUGGCACCUGUGACCAGUCUCCGAAGUCGGGCUCACAUAUGGUGAGCUGCAACCUGAACCAUGGCCAUCUGAGGUUCCUCUACCGUGCCAUAUGCUUGCCCCACCUGGGAGGGGAAACCUGCCUGGAAUAUGCCCCCCAGGGGCUUUUGGGGGAGCCCCCUGGGAACCGGAGUGGGGCUGUGUGGUGACAGCAGUGAGCUCUAGGAGGCCCCAAGAUACUCAGACUGAAAGGGGCUCUCACUAUGGAAGCCCGGGCCAGUCUGUUUAUUCUCAUUAAAUGGAUGGAAA